AGGCGACGAGUUUUCCCAUCUCCAGAUCCGCGUCACAUCUCCAUAGGUCGUCGAUUCAUUUUCAGAUCUAUCUUUCCCCGCCGAAAAAUUCAUCUCCAUAGGUCGGCGAUUCGUUUUCAAAUCUAUCUAUCCUCUGCGGUGGCUCGUUGCCUCUCCAAUCCCUUGCACACUGUCACCAACCACCUUCCCUCCACCUUCAUCACUCUCAUUUCUUGGUGGAGCUUGCGUCGUUGCUGUGGCAAGAGGAAUCCAGAACCACAGCUUCAGGCAGCCAUCUCCUCUCUGGCGAUGUGAGACUGUCGCGAUUCUCAACGGCGGAUGGAUAUGAGGGAAAUGAAUGGGUAUUAGGGAAGAGGGUGAUCGAUCUGAGAUUUUCG